GCGAGCCCAGCAAGCAAAACGCAACUCCCAGUGGUGCGGACACUUGGCCAGAGCGAGUCCGCGCUGGACACGGCCGACUGGUCGCCCGUGCGUCCUGGCCCGGCCUCGCAAGCCCAAGCGCGGCGUCCGUCCGCGCAGAUGUCGUUCUCGAGUGCCUUCAGGCAUCGUCCAAGCUUCGUCACCCGCUGGCGCCGCACGGCUGAAGACGAGGAGAUGGGCGCGGUGUCCACACCGAAGAGCGAACGCCCGCCCAUCCCCAGUGCGCUGCAGCCCCCGCCAGAGAUGUGCGCGACGCCGCUGCCUGCGCUAUCGAUGAUCGUGCUGUCCAUCACGAUGCUCGGCGAGUUCCUAUCGGCUAACGUCUCUGCGCCCUUUUUGCUGUUCAUGGUCGAGGGCUUCGAUCAGUUUUCUGACGAGGCUGAGGUUGGGAAGUGGACGGGUAUCCUAGUCUCGACCUUCUUCCUCACGCAAUUCCUUACCUCGCUACUAUGGGCAACUGUCGCUGCCAAACACGGUGCACGUCUCGUUAUUGCCGUCGCUCUACUCGGAAGCGCGGUGACCUGCACACUGUUCGGUACCGCGACAUCUAUUCAACAAGCUAUCGUGAUCCGGUUAAUGCAAGGUGUCUUUGCUGGUGCCGUCGGUGUCGCUAGAGGUUCUGUCACUGCCGUAACCGAUCAGAGUAACGAAGGCCGGGCAUACGCUAUCCUUGGCUUCUCCUGGGGUCUUGGAGGUGUUGCUGGCGCGAUUGUCGGAGGAAGCUUCGAAAAUCCCGCGAAGAAGUGGCCUGGAGUGUUCAACUCAGUCCCGCUAUUUGUUCAGUACCCUUACUUGCUACCCUGCAUGGUAGCCUCGUCAGUUACACUAACAGGCUCGAUUCUGUGUCUUUUCCUUGGGCCCGACUGCGGGCCUAGAGAGGGUGCUAUUCGGCUGCCUCCCGAGAAGGGUUCAAAUUCAGUGCCAACCAUCCCUGAAGAAUCCCCGCCGAUUUCUCCCAUUGAGGAUGAGGAGCCGCGCGGUCUUGUUGGUUCCCUUGGACGCAGGUUCGGCAGAAAACUGUCUGGCGUCUUUGCUUCUCGCGUGUCAGAUGCAGAUAUCGCUGCAUCGUCUUCCCAAUCAGUUCAGCUGUCCGCCACACCUCGAGACCGUGCGUUCUCUCGAACGAGUCGUAUUGGAGGCUCGGCCUAUGGUUACAAUGGCUCUUUCCGGGCUCGUCUCGCUAGUCGUAGCAGCUUGGCAGGUCUCGGCGCUCGCCGUGGGAGCACCGCCGGAUUGUCACUACGUGGAAGGAGAGAAAGUCUGGCGAAUACCAUCAAUGGAGAGCCGCUGUCCGCCUCGUUCGCUACGGGCACAGACCUCAACUUCGCUCAGCGGCUUCUGAUGGCGAACGAGAACACAGUCACGAACAUCGCUGAUCUCUGGGUGGCGGCUGCUAUGAACGUCGACAACGAGAAUCCCUUCGAAUCGGAGGACGAAGGCCAGCUGGAUUACGAGCAAGCAGUCGAGGUCACACCGGCGGAAGAGUUCGAUGAAGGGGACAUAUUUGCCUCCGGUCAAACUCCGCGAAGUGAUCAGUUCAUUCGAGGGUCAUCUGCCUCACCCAUACAUCGUCCCGUCAUAAGCUCCCCGCACGUGUCGGCCGCACCCCAGCGCCGCCACUCUGCUGCAACGCGGCGACCCUCGACUGCCACCGCGCUCCAGGUGCCCUUUGGCGGUGUAGACUCCGCGGUUCACACUCCGAGACGCCGGUUGUCCAACUCCGUCGCACCCAUCUUCUUGCAUGUGGGCGUCCGCACGCCGCCUGCAGUUAUAGAAGCACAGCAGUUGCUCGCGCUUGCGGACGAAGCCGAGGCAUCCGGACAGGACGCCCUUGCUCCCAUCAUUGAGGGGUCGAGGCUUGCUUCGACAGACUCGACGCCGGCAGCGCCUAUCCAAGAGCCCUCAUUAAUGUCCCAGCUGCCGCUGCUCGUGAUAUUUCAAUACGGUGUGCUAGCGCUGCACUCGACCACACAUGAUCAAAUUUUCUAUCUUUACCUUGUAUCGAAAUAUCCUUCUGGGGGCCUCAACCUGAACGCUGGGCACUUCUCUCAGCUCAUCGCUCUCAUGUGUCUGGCGCAAAUUGUGUACCAAUUCUACUUCUAUCCGAAUAUCGGGCCGCCGCGAGGGCGCUUCUCGCAUCUCGCCAUGUUUCGUAUCGGUUCACUUCUCUAUAUUCCUGCCUACCUCUCCGUGAUCCUGUAUCGCGUCUUCGCGAGCGACAAAGAUGACGGAAAUCUCGUUCUCAUGGGAGCAUUGGCAAUUAGCACAGCAAUAAGGUUCUGCGGCAUCACAUUCAGCUAUACCGCCAUCUCCGUCUUGCUUAACUAUAUGUCCCCGCCGCAUAUCGUCGGCUUCGCAAACGGCAUUGCCCAGAGCAUCGUCAGCCUCGCGCGUUUCUGUGGUCCGGUGCUCGGCGGUGUGAUCUGGUCGGCGAGCGUACAGGAUCACCCGUCCGGAUAUUCCCUGGGAUUUUUCAUCUGCGCAGCGACUUGCGCCCUUGCAGUCGCACAUAGCUUCUUCAUCCGGUAAUCGGACCCACGUUUGGUAUUGGCUCGCACUUCUCCUUCCGGCUAGACGGACCCACCAGGAUUGAUACCCUCUGUACUACACCAUCCCUUCAUCUCGCCUUUCGUGUUCCCUAUUUCUUGGACAUUGUACACUCGAUUGAAAUGUACACGUACCGAUGGCAAC